AUGUGGAAAACAAUAAGCGGAAUGCCUGUUGCGGUGCGUGACCGCGUAAGGUCUAUCUUUCAACACAAGCCGAGCACCAGAAAGGUGCUCGCCGACUCGCAAAGGCCCGGUGAUGACGAUGCGAGGAGCCAUUCAUCCUCUGGAAACGAUACAGGAGAGAAGUCCUCUGAGUCAUUUGCUCUCGAAGAAGAGCUCUCCACCCACGAGCAGGAUACUGAUCCCUUUACGGCAUUCGAGCACGAGCAGUUUUUGCGCAAGUGGGAGAGAGAUCUGCUUGAACACGAAGAACCUCUCCUCCGCAAGUCGGGAAUGACCCACAAUGCCCGACAAAAAGCGCUAAAUGAGCGACAAAAUACCGCAAUGCAGAUGGGAAAAUUGGCGGGAUUUUUGGGAAAUGCUUAUAAAGCAUGCAGGAGCUGCCUUGUAAGACUUGGAAUACAUAAAGAAGCACGAAAUCUCGAUGCUGCGAAUCACUUAGAUGAGUCUAUCGACCCAAAUACUCGCUAUGGCUCUGGUGAGCAUUACAUAGAGGUGGUUCGAGGUCUCACCGCCAAGGACGCGGCAAUCAUGAAGAUGAGAAACGUCUACGUUGGAUUGAAAUGCAGUUAUGAUGUACCGCCAUCCCACCAGCAGCAGUCCGCAAUAUCCCUUCCGGACGCCAUCCACUGUGAGGGAAGCCAUACACGCGUUCCGCUCAACCUGCUCGAGCUUCGUUUCGAUGAUGGUCUUGCUGUUCGCCUUGCCCAGUCUCUACGCGAUGAAAUCAUCGGAGGACUUGAGUGCUAUCUACAAAGCUUCAAUAAGUGGCUCCCCGUCGUUGAGGGCCCAUCUUUGAUCACCCGUUGUCAGGAUGCCGAGUCUUGGCAUAACGAGGCUUUCUGCGUCUUGAUGCUCGCCUGUAUGCUCUUAGGUCGAGUGUCAAGACCCGGUCUAGAUGAGACCGAUAUUCUAGGGAGCAACGAACUAUAUAUAUCAGUGACAGCCUCUCAAGCAGCACUGCUCGCAAGAGGAGUGAACAAUCUGGAUGUCCUCCGGUCGAAGAUCUUGUUGGCCCUCUUUGAGCACUUGCAGGCCAACCAUGUCGCAGCGAUAGGAUCACUGGCCUCGGCCGCUGCCAUUGCAAAGUCCAUAGAGCUGUUUCGAUGGCAAUGCCUGUCAGAGGUGACGACGAUCUCUACUGGAAAGGACGGAGAUAGGGAGGCCUGCUGUCUCUUCAUCUUAGAAAGGCUCGUUCGUUCCGUGCAUGAUAACUGGCAAGAUGGUACAGUUGUACUUUUCUGCCCAGCACCGUGCCCAGGACUUGCACUGGUCGAUGAGCAGCAACGUCUCACAGUUUUGUCUGAAGCUUGCGAGAGCUGUAGUAACGCGAGGAUAGAGGGCUUCGCUAAUGAUUCCGUAUCACCAGUUCCAACAUUACUCAACCGUCUUGUUCAAGCUGCUUUCCUUCUCGAGAUGUCGAUGAAAAGCUCUGUUACCCCGUCGUCCAGUCAGGAAAUUAGACAACUCGGACUGAAGAUCAGCACUCUAGCUUGUGCCCUUCAUGAGGAUCGCUGUCGAGGUGCGGAUGUAAAUUGUUCAAUUCUAGGACUAUGCGUGAGCUCUAUCCUAAUAUUGCAUCAACGGGUCGAGCCGGCCUUGGAGGGUGACUGUUUGGAUCAUGUCACCUCCGCUCUCAGAAUGGUUUUCGACAGGCUGAACCUCGUGCCGGCAUUUCAGUACAAGUUUUCCACCAUCAUCUCGCCAUGGGAGCUGCACUGCUUCUACCUUGCUGCGAGAACGUACAAGCACUUGAGCUACAACUGGGGAGAGAAGGUUGGUGAGGAGGCAGAACGUGCUGUCGGAGUUGUCAUCACGACUUUGGAGAGCUAUAGCACUGGCUGGAAGAUUGCUGGCGAGCUCCUGGCCGAGCUUCGGUGA